AAUUUAAAUCGUUAUUACACGAGUUGAGUUUAUACCUACUGCCGGGAUGUCAAUGGAACUACAAAUACUGCAUUCGAUAAUUGCAGCAUUUUGUGCCAUUUUACUACGAAUUCCACUUUCGCAUCGCAUGACGUAAAAAGAGAGGGGCUUUAUAAAGGUUGUUGAUACGCGGGGGAAUAUCAGAAUAGUAUUAGUCACCGAGGCGUGUAGUAAGUGUUUGCACGUGAUUUUCAGUGUUGUGCUGUCCCUUGCUUGUUUGUUUAAUACUUUUGAAACACAAACUUGUACAAUGGAUGCGAUGCCAAGCAGGCAGUUUCUUUGGGACGUGUUUACAAGAAUUGACAGAGAUAGAAGUGGAUACAUAACCGCCGACGAAUUACAAGUUGCAUUAUCCAAUGGAAGCUGGAGUCCGUUCAACCCCGAAACUGUACGUCUAAUGAUAGGUAUGUUCGAUAGGCAGAAUCGUGGAAGUAUAAAUUUUGAAGAUUUCGGCGCUUUGUGGAGGUACGUGACGGACUGGCAGAAAUGUUUUCGUUCCUUUGAUCGAGACAACUCCGGAAACAUAGAUAGGCACGAAUUAUCAAAUGCACUCAGAUCGUUUGGUUAUCGUUUAUCGGAUGGUUUAGUAGGCACAUUAGUCAAGAAAUUCGAUCGCCAUGGCAAUGGAACGAUAUUAUUCGAUGACUUUAUCCAAUGUUGUGUAGUUCUAUAUACUCUUACCCACGCAUUCCGUGCAUAUGAUACAGAUCAAGAUGGUGUGAUAACGAUUCACUAUGAACAAUUUUUAAAUAUGGUAUUCAAUUUGAAGAUUUAGGUAUUACGCAGUGCUAAUAAACUAUUUAAGACUGUUACCUCUGAAUUGUAUUUUUGUUACUUAAAGAUGUACAUACAAACCGGUCGUAAGUUUAACUACUUGUUUAGAAGUUACUAUUUAAGAAAUGUUAUUAUUCAUAAGCUUGUAUUUUUUAUACUUGUAAAUAAAUUGUUUAAUUUAUUA